UGCACUUCGCUCACGGCCCACCUCAUCUAUCCCGGCACAAUGCUCCGCGCCUCUCGCCCUCUCUUCGCCGUCGCCAAGACGCUCAAGGCCUCGACCGGCAUCACGGGCGUUCCGGUCCACUCCAACCCCCUGCCGGCCCUGACCAAGGUCUACAACCAGACCUUGACAUCGCUCUCGGCCCUCCCCGCGACCUCGGUGUACCGCCAGGCGGCCGAGGCGCUGACAAAGCACCGCCUCGCGGUCGUCGAGAAGGCCAACGGCGACAUCCCCGCCGUCGAGAAGGAGCUCGGUACCAUCGUCGAGGUUGCCCUCCAGGAGGCCGAAUCGGAGCUCUCCCUCUCGGGCCAGGUCGCCGAGUGGAAGGUCUGGGAGCCCCUCGAGGAGAAGCCCCACCCCGACCAGUGGAGGUACUUUGACCCAACUGGCGACUCGCUCUAAGCGGUGCGGAUGGGUAUUGUAGAGGCAUGCAACAACACAACAGGAUA